GAGAGAGAGUGUGUGUGUGUGAGAAGAGAGACAAAGGAGAGAGAUAAAGGAGUCAAUGCAGACGCAGGCUCUCUGUUCCGCUCUCUCCCGGUCUCCAUCCAUCUCGAUUGAAAUGAAAGAGAAAAGGAGAAGAGAUUGAAUCUUCUCUAAAAUUUAUUAACUAACUUGACGCUGUUGUUGCUAUUGUUGGAUGUGCUGAACCUGGGACCUGAUCGUGAUUUUGUGAAAGAAAUUGAUUAUUAAAGGUUAUUAAAAUUUCGUGUUGUCUGGGUGGGUGAGAUAUCAUCAAUUCAAAUGGCCUCUCCACAUCUUAAUGUUCAUACCUUUGAAGAGGUUGCCAAGCACGAUAACAAGAGCGAUUGCUGGCUUAUCAUCUCCGGCAAGGUGUACGAUGUUACUCCUUUUCUGGAUGAUCACCCUGGAGGAGAUGAGGUCUUGAUAACUUCUACUGGAAAAGAUGCAACUGUUGAUUUUGAAGAUGUGGGCCACAGUGACUCUGCAAGAGAAAUGAUGGAGAAGUAUUACAUUGGUGAAGUCGAUCCCUCCACUCUACCAGCGAAAACUAAGUCCAGUCCACCGGUGCAGGCCCCUCCUACAGCGACAGACCAAUCUUCUGGGAUUAGUAUCAAAAUCUUGCAAUUUCUAGUUCCGCUAUUGAUUUUGGGUCUUGCAUUUGCUCUGAGAUACCAUGGUAAAAAUGAUUAGGAUUAAAGAUGGAUGACUAUGCUGCGAAGGUAUAGCAUUGAGACCGAGCUUUACUCUGACAUGAUGGCUGAUUCUCUAUUGUACUGGGUGGUUUUAAAACAUUCCCGACCGUGUAAGGGGUCUGGGGUUGCGCCCAUUUUCAUGUAUUUGUUGAAACUUUACUUUCGUUACCUUAUUUGUAUCGCUUUUGUAGAUUGUCCUAAUAAAUGAUUGUUGGUAUUGCCAAGUCUAAUAUA